UAUCUACCAUCCUCAACACGACGUCUAUAUCCGCCAACAUUCUCCGAAUCGCUAACGUCCCCGCCAACCCUUUUUGCUGAACUACUGCUCUUUACCGGAAGACUCUCCCAUCGCGCUCACGUCCAGGCUUAACCUACCCAUCUUCGAGCUCCGGUCCCACCAUCACACCCACGACACCAACCAACACAAUGGCGUCCUCAUCCAGCUCCACGUCGCUGCUAUACGCAUGCAUAUCGCACAACACGACCAUCCUGACCGAACACACCACGUCCGCCUCGUCCGCAACCUCGAGCCUCCCCGCCCUCAUCCUCCCCAAAAUCACGCACGCAACCCCGCAAAAACUCACCUACACGCACUCCAACUUCUACAUCCACUACAUGGCGUGCGCGCCCUCGGAAUUCGGCCCCUCGGCCCCCUCCGCGGGGGGCCUGACCUUCCUCGCCAUCGCCGACACGAGUCUCGGCCGACGCAUCCCCUUCGGCUUCCUCGUGACCCUCCAGAAGAAAUUCUUCGACACGUACCCCCCCGAAUCGACGGACUUCGCGUCGCUGCCGGCGUACGGCUGCGCGAGCUUCAACGCCACGCUGCGGCAGUUGAUGCAGCACCAGGGCGGGACGCAGGCCGGGCAGAACGACGCGCUGCACGCGGCGCAGGCGGAGAUUGACAAUGUAAGGGAGAUUAUGACGGAGAAUAUCGAGCGCGUGCUGGAGCGCGGGGAGCGCAUCGAUUUGCUCGUCGACAAGACGGAUCGGUUGGGUUCGAAUGCGAGGGAUUUCCGCGUCAGGAGUCGGGGGCUCAGGAGGCGGAUGUGGUGGAAGAAUGUCAAGUUGAUGGUGCUGUUGGUGCUGGUGUGCGUGUUUUUGGUGUACCUCUUUGUCGGGUUCGGGUGUGGGUUGCCGGCUUGGGGACGGUGUUUGAGACAUUGAGGUGAUGGUGGUGGUGGUAAUGUCGGUGUGGUGUGGAGGGGUGUAAUGGGCAUGGACCACCGGGAAGAAUUGGCGUAUGGGUGUUCUGUUUGAGACGGCACAAGCUUGGGAGUAAUAGGGGUUUUUAUACGGAGUUGGAUACCUCUUGCAUUUCCUUUUCCCUCCUUUCCAAACGGUUCCUAUUCACUGGUCCGCACUGCAAAUGCCAAUGCCAAUGCCAAGGAAAGCGAAUUACUUUCUACUUUCUGUCCAAGAAGAAGACUGCGAGCAAACGCAUCUUUCUUGCCGAUCGUGGAACUUAGGAUGUAGUGGUCAAAUACCCUUCUCUGAAUGACAAUCAGCAAACCAAUUCAUAUAUAUAUUAAUCGUAAAUUAGAACGCCCUCCCAAUGC